GCGAAGGUGCACGGAGCCGGAGCGCUGGGGCGGCUGACAGUCUGCGCUGCCCCGGCCGGGCCGGGGCGCGUCUGGGGCAUGGGGCAGGGAGAGCCCAGCAGCUGACCAUGGCUGAGGGCUGGCCGUGGAGCUCCCGGCCCGGGGCUGCGUGCCCCCGCAGGGCCGUGAGCAUGUGCGAGUCGCUGGACCUGCGGGGCGACCCGGCGGUGCAGGCUGCCCUCACGGCCGCCCAGCAGCAGAAGAGACGUCCCAAGAGCCUGUGCUCGGUGGGCAACGGGCUAGGCCCUGGCGCCCUGCUGCUCCCAGCGCCCCCCGCCAGAGCCCGCAGCGGCUUGCUGGACUUCUUCAGGCUGCGGCCUCCCCGCCGGCGGGAGGAGGGGGGCUUGGCUCAUGGGGCAGAUGGGGCGCAGCGCCUGCGCCCAGCCAGCAUGACCUGCCUGCCCUCGGGGCGGCAACCGCCCGCUGCCGAGGCCUCGGGCUUCCUGCGGGGCAGCUCCCUGUGGGGCAGUGGGCGCUGGAACAUCUUCCGGGGCAGCGGCCGCAGCAGCGCCAGCCCCAGGAGGAACUUCAGCUCCCUGCGCAAGAGCUUCAGCUUCCGCCUGCGGCGCGGCCAGGAGCUGCGGCGCUCGGAGUCAGGGGGGCUGCUGCGCCCGCCGCGCCUCCGCACCAAGAGCGAGGGCGACGCCAGCUCCCUUCACACCUGCCCCAGCAAGCGGGACCUGCUGUACCCGGAGCUGGGGCGAGCCGGCGGGAAGCCGUGCUCAGGCUCCGGCCAGUCCGGCAGCCUCUGGAAACUCCUCACCAGCCGCUUCCGCAGGCGGGACCGGGGCAGUGCCGCUCCCCAGGAGCCCCCCCGAGGCACUGAGCCCCUCCUUGUGGCCGUGGGGGGCAGCCCGCUGCGAGCAUUGGAUUCGUUUGUGAACAGCCAGGAAUGGACCCUGAGCCGCUCGGUGCCUGAGCUCAAAGUGGGCAUCGUGGGGAACCUGUCCAGCGGCAAGUCAGCCUUGGUGCAUCGCUACCUGACUGGCACGUACGUGCAGGAGGAGUCCCCAGAAGGUGGCCGGUUUAAGAAGGAGAUCGUAGUGGAUGGUCAGAGUUACCUGUUGCUGAUUCGAGAUGAAGGGGGCCCCCCCGAGCUCCAGUUUGCCGCCUGGGUGGACGCCGUGGUGUUUGUCUUCAGCCUGGAGGACGAGAUCAGCUUCCAGACGGUCUAUAACUACUACCUGCGGCUCUGCAGUUACCGCAGCACGGCCGAGGUGCCCAUGGUCCUGGUGGGGACGCAAGACGCUAUCAGUGCCACCAAUCCCCGUGUCAUCGAUGACUCUCGGGCCCGCAAACUCUCCAAUGAUUUGAAGCGCUGCACGUACUACGAGACCUGUGCCACCUACGGCCUGAAUGUCGAGAGAGUCUUCCAGGAUGUGGCUCAGAAGGUGGUGGCCCUGCGGAAGAAGCAGCAGCUCUCCAUAGGGCCCUGCAAGUCCCUGCCCAAUUCACCCAGCCACUCGUCUGUCUCCGCUGCCUCUAUUCCUUCUGUGCACAUCAACCAGGCCACCAACGGCAGCGGCGCCUUUAGCGACUACUCCUCCUCCGUGCCCUCCACCCCCAGCAUCAGCCAGCGGGAGCUGCGCAUCGAGACCAUCGCUGCCUCCAAUACGCCCACCCCCAUCCGCAAGCAGUCCAAGCGGCGCUCCAACAUCUUCACGUCUCGAAAGGGCGCAGACCCGGAGCGGGAGAAGAAGGUGCCGGAGUGCAAGGCGGACAGUAUCGGCAGCGGGCGAGCCAUUCCCAUUAAGCAGGGCAUUCUCCUGAAGCGCAGUGGCAAGUCCCUCAACAAGGAGUGGAAGAAGAAGUAUGUGACGCUGUGCGAUAACGGAGUCCUCACCUACCACCCCAGCCUGCACGAUUACAUGCAGAACGUCCAUGGCAAGGAAAUAGAUCUGCUGAGAACAACAGUGAAGGUGCCGGGCAAGCGGCUCCCCAGAGCGACGACGGCGACAGCCCCCAGCGCCAGUCCCAAAACCAACGGGCUUGCCAAGGAGCGGAGCAGCAUGCAGUUCCCAGGAGGCCCAGGUGCCCCCCACUCGACCAGCAGCACCUCCCUGCACUCCGAACGCUCCAUCAACUUGGUGGGCUUCAGCUCGAAGCCAGACGGCAUGCACCAGCGCUCCUACUCCGUCUCCAGCGCAGACCAGUGGAGCGAGGCUGUGGUGAUCCCCAGCAGCUGCCCCAACCCCCCUAAUGGCACCGCAGAUGCUCUCAGCUCCAGCCCAAACAUGUCCAACGCUGCGAGCCCGAAGCUGGAGCCGCCUCCAUCCCCUCAUGCAAACAGGAAGAAACACCGCAGGAAAAAGAGCACAGGGACAGCCCGCCCUGACGGCCCCAGCACAGCAGCAGAAGAACAAGACGAGUCGUUCGAGUUCAUCAUCGUGUCACUGACGGGCCAGACCUGGCUUUUUGAGGCCUCGACGUCCGAGGAGCGGGAGCUGUGGGUUCAGGCCAUCGAGAGCCAGAUCUUGGCCAGCCUCCAGGGCUGUGAGAGCAGCAAGAACAAGGCUCGGCUAGGCAGCCAGAGCGACGCACUGGCCCUGCAGACGGUCCGCACUGCACGUGGGAACAGCUUCUGCGUGGACUGCGACGCACCCAACCCUGACUGGGCGAGUCUGAACCUGGGCUCCCUCAUGUGCAUCGAGUGCUCUGGGAUCCACCGUAACCUGGGCACCCACCUGUCCCGGGUGCGCUCCCUGGACCUGGACGACUGGCCUGGCGAGCUCAUCAUGGUCAUGACGGCCAUCGGCAACGCGCUGGCCAACGCUGUCUGGGAAGGGGCGGUGGAGGGCUAUCAGAAGCCGGGCCCCGAGAACAGCAGGGAGGAGAAGGAGCGUUGGAUCCGGGCCAAGUAUGAGCAGAAGCUGUUCCUGGCUGCGCUGCCGCACUCGGACGUGCCCCUGGGGCAGCAGCUGCUGCGGGCCGUGGUGGAGGACGACGUGCGCCUGGUGGUGAUGCUGCUGGCCCACGGCACCAAGGAGGAGGUGAACGAGACGUACGGGGACGGGGAUGGGCGCACGGCGCUGCACCUCUCCAGCGCCAUGGCCAAUGUUGUCUUCACGCAGCUGCUCAUAUGGUAUGGGGUGGACGUGAAGAGCCGGGACGCCCGUGGCCUAACGCCCCUGGCCUAUGCCCGGCGAGCUGGCAGCCAGGAGUGCGUCGACAUUCUCCUGCAGCAUGGAUGCCCGAGCGACAGCUCCGUCAGCACGCUGACCCCCAGCCUGCCCCGUCGCAACACCAAUAACUCCUGCUCGGCGUCCCCGGCCGAGCUGGGCUCCAGCCCCAGUGUCCUCUAGCCACCCUGCCGGGCCGGCCUCCCGCUCAGAGCCGCGAGACCGUGGGGGGCUCCCGGCCCCACCAGACACUGCUGCUGGUGCGGGGACCCACUCUCCCUGCCUUGCCGGGGAUCUCACAGGAGCACUGGGCCUGGCACGGUGCACCCUGUGGCCGACGACACCCCAGCUGAAUUGCUCCACGUGCAGAGCUGCCCUCACAGGAGAAGGGGCUCCCCUGCCUUGCACCCCCACCCUGUAUGGGGAGGCAGUUCCUAUGCACCCCCCUGCCCGGUACAGAGAGACAGUCCCUCUGUGCCCCCCCCCCCCCCGCCCGAUACAGAGAGACAUUUCCUGUGUGCCCACCCCAGUACAGAGAGACAGUCCCUGUGUGCCGUUCCCCCCCUCCCCCCCCCGGUACAGAGAGACAUUGUCGUCGUCCCCGGUACAGAGAGACAGUCCCUGUGUGUGCCCCCCCACCCGGUACAGAGAGACAUUUCCUGUGUGCCCCCCCCGGUACAGAGAGACAGUCCCUGUGUGCCUCCUCCGUACAUAGAGACAGUCCCUGUGUGCCUCCUCCGUACAUAGAGACAGUCCCUGUGUGCCCCCCCCCCCCCAGAGAGAGACAUUUCCUGUGUGUGUGUCCGUCUGUCCCAUCCCGUUCCCCCCACACACACACAGACAUUUCCUGUGUGCCCCCCCGGUACAGAGAGACAUUUCCUGUGCACCGCUGCGCUCCUCAUCCGGUACAGAGAGAGAGUUCCUGUCUGCCCCCACUGCCCCCCAAUCUCCCGGUACAGAGAGACAGUCCCUGUGUGCCUCCCCCCCCCGGUAUAGAGAGUCCCAUACAGACAGUCCCUGUGUGCCCCCACCCCCACCCCGUCUGUAUGUGGAGGCAGUUCCCGUUCACCCUCCUGCCCCCCCCCGGGUGCCAGGCUCGGGGCUGCGGGCAUGCUGGCUGGCAUCACUGUAGGACAGCGCCCAGCUCCGUGCUUCAGCCUUGCUGCUUCCUCUGCCUGCAACUGCAAAGGAAUCGCCCUCCUGGGCAUCCGCGGCCCCUCGCUUGCAAGCAGGAGAGGAGAGGGACUGACCUACUCUGGGACCCUCCUGGCUGUGUCUGUUCCCCUGGAGACUCCCUGGCCUUCCCCACGGCUCCGUGCCCAGCUCCUGCUGCCCUGCCAGGGGGCUGGCCUCCGGCUGAGCCUGGGGAGGGGAGACGGGUUCUCUGGCGGCCUGGCCCAAGCCCGCACCACGUGCUGGGCCCGCAGGCUUGGGACACUGCUUCUGGGGCGGCUCCGCCGCGCAUGUAUAAAAUGUACAUUGGAAAUAUUUAUAUGGACGCGCUGUAAAUACUGUUUCUUUGCCCUGUGUGUGUGAACUGCAGCCCAGGAGAUAACGGCCAAUAAAGCUCCUUCCUCCUGCCA